AUGCCAGUACCCUCUACGCCGCCGCACCCGUCGGAGCAGGGGGGGUUCCUCUCGUCCUCACCAUUCAACCGUAGGAGGCCAACGGUGGCGCAUCAGGUAUUACCCCAACGGGGAACGCGUGGAGAGCAAGGGUUACGUGUCUGUCUUUCUCUUCCUCGACCAGGACGUUGCCGAGCCGGUGACGGCGCGGUGCCUGCUCACACUCGUGGCCGAGACGCGGGCUCUCUUCUUCGUCAACCGCAAGGAAGUGUGUCCAGACCAGAGUUGCAGCACGAUUUCGCGAGCCGGACAGGUUGGGGGUACCCCAAGUUCGACGGAAGGCAGAGCCUGGCCGCGCGGAUCCGCCGCGGGGGCGACCGAUUCACCAUCAGGUGCGACGUCGUCGUCAUCAACGGCUUCCGCACGGAGGAGGCGACGCCGUCGGCCACCAUUCCCCCCUCCGACCUGCACAAGCACCUCGGCAACCUCCUCCUGAGCGGGAGGGGCGCCGACGUCGUGUUCGAGGUCGGCGGCGAGACGUUCGCCGCGCACCGGGCUCUGCUCCGCUACGCCUACACCGACUCGCUGCAGGAGAUGGACAGAGAUGAGGAAGGCGCCGUGCUCCGGAACCUGCUCGUCGCCGCGGACAGGUACUGCAUACAGAGGCUGAAGCUGAUCUGCGAGGACAAGCUGUGCAGGCUCAUUGACGUGGGCACGGUGCAGACCACGCUCGAGUUAGCUGAGCGGCACCACUGCAUCAGGCUGAAGGAGGCCUGCUUGCGGUUCCUCGGUGCUCCCGGGAACCUGCGGGCAGCCAUGGGCACUCGUGGUCAGUAA